AUGAACAAUAUCCAGCUCGAGGCUUUGACUUCUCAGUCUCGCCAGCAUAGCCGCACAACCUACUCCCCCUACCGACCUGCUCCUGCCACGUCAGCCACCACCGCAGCAGAGGACAUUGAUUUGAUGAAGGACAUCGACCGUAUGAUGGGUCGUCCUACCGAGUCUAGCAGUGUCAGCAAUACUUCCGUCACCAAUGGCUCCUUCAACAAACGCAAGAAGAGUUUCACCAUUUACGAAGACGACGACAAUCCGCCCCCGACCGUUCAAUCCAGGCCCGAAGACAUUCGAGCCCUCAAAAGAAGAAAGGAUAACGGGAACGCUUGGCACAAUAUCAGCGAGCGGGAUACCAUAUUCAACGAGUUCCUUGACUUGUUUGACCGCGAUGACUAUUCGGAGGCUCUUCGGAACAAUACCUUCCCCCGGGAGUGCAUGAUCGAGCUCAUACGUAUGGGUACAAGAGGCCUCAGCCACCCCCUCAAAAACAUCGACUGCGAGGUUCUCGAGAUCUUUAACGAAAUUCUCAACACCCACAAAUUACGCCUCCUCAGGGACGGCGCGGCAUACUCCACAACUACAGGCCAGCGGCCGUUAUCAACACCUCAGGACAAAUUCGAGGUGAGCCGUCUUAUGUGCAGAUCCCUGCUUGCACGUGAGCCAGCUUUUAUCGACAGGGCAAUAAAGGCACUUCAUGGUACUUUUGAGCUCUGCAGCGAAGAAUAUCUCCAGCGGGAAGAGAACAAGGAGAACGCCUAA